AUGGCCCGUGAGGGCGCCGAUAUCACCAUAGUCUAUCUGCCAGAGGAGCAGCCAGACGCCGAGGAUACGAAAGCUAUGGUUGAGAAGGAGGGUAGACAGUGCCUCUGCAUUCCGUUCAACCUUGAGAAUGUCAAAGAGUGUGGACAGAUUAUCGACCAGCACAUGAAGAAGUUCGGCAAGCUGGACGUGCUGGUGAACAAUGCGAGCAAGCAGGUGAUGUGUAACGAUAUCGCAGAUAUAGAUCUGGACGUGGUUAGUUCGACUUUCCAGUCAAACAUCAUACAGAUGUUUGCUAUGACAAAGUUUGCCGUUCCGCACAUGAAGAAAGGAGGAUCCAUUAUCAACACAACCUCCGUCGUUGCCUUCCGCGGUACCCCCGAGAUGAUAGACUACGCCGCCACCAAAGGUGCCAUCGUCGCCUUCACCCGCGCACUCGCCAAAAACCUGACACCCAAGGGAAUUAGAGUUAACGCAGUAGCUCCAGGACCAGUCCAUACACCGCUCCAGCCAGCGUCGCGCCCGGCGGAACAGAUGGAAGGAUUCGGCCAGAAGUCGCAGAUCGACCGUCCGGGGCAGCCGAGCGAGAUCGCGCCGACUUAUGUCUUCCUUGCGUCCGCGGAGGCAUCGCUGUAUUACGGCCAGAUCAUGCAUCCGUAUCCUAUGGGGUGA